UCCGGCUGUGGGUAGCGCGGGGCGGAAGUGUAGCGUUGCCAUGGCGAGGGCCGGGUGCGGGGCCCGCCCCCGCAGCGCCUCUGGGAGCGCGGGGCCCACUGACCCGCGGAAGCCAGCGGACCCACUUGCGCGGCGGCCGGCGCGGGACGCGAGUGUUAUGCAGGGGGAGUCUGAGGAGCACUGAGAUCACUGAGAAAGAAGACAGGUGCGGUGGCUCAUGCCUGUAAUCCCAGCACUUUGGGAGGCCGAGGCGGAACGAAGAACCUCAUGCCCGGGGCCAGAAAGGAGGCUGAGACCAGAGUGUGCUGGCACAUGGGUGAAGAGUCGUAGAAGAGGGGCCUGCAGAUUGUGCUCUCAGCAAGCUUGUCGCCUAGUGGAAGAGACUGGCCGGGACACAGAACCCACGUGUGGACGCUGCUGUGGGUUGGUGGCAGGGGUCAGGAAGGUGCCAUCAGGAGUCCUCAAAGGUGUGAGCAGCUGCCGGAAGGGGAGGUGAUCCUGAAGACACUGUGGCUGGCCCGCCUGUGCCCUUGGUGCCCUGGCUGCCUAGAGAGCCUCACCCCUGCGCCCUGGGGCCAGGACUCCAGGACUCUGACCACCUGCCCUGCCCCAGCCUCAGUGGCUGCACCUCCUCAUUAGUACUGAUGCGCUGACCUCGGCACACAGCUGGGAGGGGUUGGGGGGCUAGGCCAUGCCUGCUCCCAGGCCCCACCCAGGCUCCUGAGCCUGGAAAGUGAAAAGAGGCUCUCAGGGGCUCACAGGUGCUCUCACUGCUGAGUGGCCCUGCCCUCCCUUCCCCCUCAGCAAGUGCCAGGAAGCUGGAACCUUGUUAUCUGGGUAAUUAGUUUCAGACCCUGGACUGAGGCCGGCCAGGUCUCGGGGCUGCCUCUCAUAGGUUGUGCACCCUGACCCCGAGAGGGAGGCGAGGCACUGCUGGUCGACAGCUAGAGGCUGGCCUGGGGAGCAGGUUCGGGGUGCCCUUCCACACUGCCCUCCCUGCCCUGGCCCGUGCCCUCCAGGGCUACCUGGGCCUGGAUAUCGUGUGGGGCCUCCUGACCCAGCCAAGGACACAGAGCUUUGGGAAGGGGAUGCCCCCGAGGGUGCCAGUCCAGCCAGCUGCCCCACCCCUCAGGCCCAGCCUGGCCCCCAAGCUCCCCACUCUGGUGCCCCGAGCAGCCCUGUGGGCAAGCAGCCGCCACCAUGGCCGAGCACCUGGAGCUGCUGGCAGAGAUGCCCAUGGUGGGCAGGAUGAGCACGCAGGAGCGGCUGAAGCAUGCCCAGAAGCGGCGUGCCCAGCAGGUGAAGAUGUGGGCCCAGGCUGAGAAGGAGGCCCAGGGCAAGAAAGGUCCUGGGGAGCGUCCCUGGAAGGAGGCAGCUGGCCGAGGGCCCCCGAAGCAGGUCCUCUUCCCUCCCAGUGUUGUCCUUCUGGAGGCCGCUGCUCGAAAUGACCUGGAAGAAGUCCGCCAGUUCCUUGGGAGUGGGGUCAGCCCUGACUUGGCCAACGAGGACGGCCUGACAGCCCUGCACCAGUGCUGUAUUGAUGAUUUCCGAGAGAUGGUGCAGCAACUCCUGGAGGCUGGGGCCAACAUCAAUGCCUGCGACAGUGAGUGCUGGACACCUCUGCAUGCUGCGGCCACCUGUGGCCACCUGCACCUGGUGGAGCUGCUCAUCGCCAGCAUGCAUCCUCCUGCCGAGAGGGCAGGCCUCGGGCUCCCCCAGGGUGUGCACAGAGAAAUGUCUUGGUCAGUGAGCACAGAACUGGCAUCUGUAGUGGCAGAGAGGUCUGGGCUGCGGUCCUUCUCGAGUGCCCCCGCGAGGCCGGAUGGGGUGUGGAUGGCGGUCCCAUCACACUCAGGCGCUGCAGGGUGGGCGGGGAUGUGGGGUGCCCACAGUGGCGCCGAUCUCCUGGCGGUCAACACCGACGGGAACAUGCCCUAUGACUUGUGUGACGAUGAGCAGACGUUGGACUGCCUGGAGACUGCCAUGGCCGACCGUGGCAUCACCCAGGACAGCAUCGAGGCCGCCCGGGCCGUGCCAGAACUGCGCAUGCUGGACGACAUCCGGAGCCGGCUGCAGGCCGGGGCAGACCUCCAUGCCCCGCUGGACCACGGGGCCACGCUGCUGCACAUCGCAGCAGCCAACGGGUUCAGCGAGGCGGCUGCCCUGCUGCUGGAACACCGAGCCAGCCUGAGCGCUAAGGACCGAGACGGCUGGGAGCCGCUACACGCCGCAGCCUACUGGGGCCAGGUGCCCCUGGUGGAGCUGCUCGUGGCGCACGGGGCCGAUCUGAACGCAAAGUCCCUGAUGGACGAGACGCCCCUUGAUGUGUGCGGGGACGAGGAGGUGCGGGCCAAGCUGCUGGAGCUGAAGCACAAGCACGACGCCCUCCUGCGCGCCCAGGGCCGCCAGCGCUCCCUGCUGCGACGCCGCACCUCCAGCGCCGGCAGCCGCGGGAAGGUGGUGAGGCGGGCGAGCCUAACCCAGCGCACCGACCUGUACCGCAAGCAGCACGCCCAGGAGGCCAUCGUGUGGCAACAGCCGCCGCCCCCCAGCCCGGAGCCGCCCGAGGACAACGAUGACUGCCAGACAGACACAGAGCUCAGGCCACCGCCCCUGGAGGAGGACAACCCCGAAGUGGUCAGGCCGCACAAUGGCCGAGUAGGGGGCUCCCCAGCGCGGCAUCUGUACUCCAAGCGACUGGACCGGAGUGUCUCCUACCAGCUGAGCUCCCUGGACAGCACCGCCCCCCACACGCUGGUCCAUGACAAGGCCCACCACACCCUGGCUGACCUGAAGCGGCAGCGAGCUGCUGCCAAGCUGCAGCGACCCCCCCCUGAGGGGCCCCACAGCCCUGAGACGGCCGGGCCUGGCCUGCCUGGUCACACGGAGACCCCCCAGCCUGACGGUGGCUUCAGGGCAGGCGGGGACCCACCCCUGCUCAAGCUCACAGCCCCAGCGGUGGAGGCCCCUGUGGAGAGGAGGCCGUGCUGCCUGCUCAUGUGAGGGGGUUCCUCGGCGGGCAGGGCUCCUGUCCCCGGGCACAGCCCAAGGCUGCCUCCGCACGGUGCGUGCCCUGGUGCUGCGGGUGGGCAGCACAGAAACCCUGGCUUUAUGCAGGACACUGGCCCCGAGAAGCCCCGGCUGUGACUGUGCAGGACACUGGCCCCUCUCAGGGCAGAAGACAUGCCUGGAGGGACAUCUGACUGCAAAGACUAUUUUUAUCUUGCAACUCUUGAUAAAGGGCUGUUUGCCAUG